CACCGUAUCAAAAUUUCGACCUUCGUGUCCCGGCGGCCGAACGUGGUUCAGCCGAGGAGACGAAUCCGGGCGACACCAAUCGCCCCUGCCUACAACACCGAGCGCAGAUUUGCCAAUCGCGGCCGACAUACUCUCUACGACUAGCUCCCGGACUUUUAGCCCUCCAGUUCGGGCAUCCAAACCACUCGAGUAACGCCACACCCGACCUUCCUUCCAAUCAUGGGGAAACUCCCCUCCACCGUUUUCCGCCGGCCCUCCCUGGCGGGGUGCCUCCCGACUACCUCCCCCAGCCUCACACACCCACCAUCCGCCACCGCCGUCCCAUUACCACAAAAUGCAGCAACAGCAGCCCACCAAGUGCGCCACGCGACCUUUGUCCUGCGGCACCGCCGCCCCUACCAGUUCACCCAGCUCGUGCAGCUGAGCGACGGCUCGACCUUCACGGUACGCACCACCUCGCCGCUGGCGCUCUACAAGUCGGCCAAGGACAGCCGCAACCACAUCCUGUGGCAACCGACCGAGAAAUCGCUGCGCAACGUCGAGGUGGACGAGGCCGGCAAGCUGGCCGCUUUCCGAGAGCGGUUCGGCACGGUGUGGGACCUGGAGAAUCCCGCCGCCGGCCCGAAACAAGAGGUGGCCACCGCUGCAACUGCCGCUGCCGAGGCCUCUAAAGAAGGGGAGAAGGCGGUCAGGGUGGAGAAGGCGGGUGGCCAGAAGAAGGGGGAUGCGAAGGUCGAGGUGAAGGAUGCUGCAGCGGCCCAAGAACCCACACAAGUAACAGCGGCGCAGGAAGAUCCCUUUGAUUCGCUCGUCGACCUCAUCAGCUCGUACGCGACCGAGGAUAAAAACAUCAAGGGCGGGUUGAGCGCCAAGGACCAGGCGAGGAAGGACAAGAGCGGCAAGAAGAAAUAAGGGCAACCGGCAACCGGCAGGCUUCCGGUCGUUCUGUAAUGAGGAACAUAUUCUGUAACAUAGAAAAUCAAUCUUGCAUUCUGAAGAGCCGCAAGCCUGUCUUUCUGGCAGGUGCGCGGAUCGAUAAGCCAGAAGAGAGCUGCCGCGACAUGCGGAACAUGGCUGUGUAUAAUACAAUGACAACAAAACCCCCUAAGAAAGUAUUUACGCCGU